CCCAGAAGCAGUAUCAUUCAACAUUCGCUCUUGCUUCUGUAAAGAACUCAACCAAACCCAAAAAAAAAAACCCCAAGCAAAAUGGCAUUCAAGUUUGUCUUCGCUCUCGCCUUCGUCGCCGUUGCCAGCGCUGGCUACGUGCCCCAGGCUUACCACGCAGUUGCUGCCCCAGUUGCAACCUAUGCUGCUCCCGUGGCUGUGGCCCAGAAGGUGGUGGUCAAGUCCUCCGAUGAGACCUACGAUCCUCAUCCCCAGUACCGUUUCUCCUAUGGAGUCGAUGACAAACUGACUGGUGACAACAAAGCCCAAGUGGAGGAGCGCGAUGGUGAUGUGGUCCGUGGCGAGUACUCUCUGGUCGAUGCCGAUGGCUACAAGCGCACCGUCCAGUACACCGCCGAUCCCAUCAACGGCUUCAACGCUGUCGUCAACCGUGAACCCCUCGCUGUUGUGAAGACCAUCGCUGCUGCCCCAGUUGCUCACUACGCUGCCCCAGCUGUGGUCAAGACUGUCGCCCCAGUUGCCCACUAUGCCGCCCCAGCUGUUGCCCACUACGCUGCUCCCGCUGUUGUGAAGACCGUUGCUCCCGUGGCUCACUAUGCCGCUCCCGCUGUCGCUCACUACGCUGCCCCAGCUCCAGUUGCCCACUAUGCUGCCCCAGCUGCUCACUAUGCCAGCUAUGCCGCCCCCGCUGUUGCCUACCAUCAUUAAAGUGUUGAGUCCUUGACUGUUGUGUGUACUAUAUAGAAUCGUUGCUCAUUUUACUGUACAUUUAUUUAUUGA